GCGGGGCUCCUGUGCCGCUCGAACCAGGAAGGAAGAGCUAGGCGCUACUCCGCGCUGUCCCAGUCUCAGGCUGAGGGAGCGGGUCCUCGCUGUUCACAGAAACCCCCAACAUCACCGUGUCCCCGGGGGGAGAGAUGGCGGAGGGUACACAGGUGGAGCUCUUUGUCAAGGCCGGCAGUGAUGGACAGAGCAUCGGGAACUGUCCAUUCUCCCAGCGUCUCUUCAUGGUGCUCUGGCUGAAAGGGGUGACCUUCAAUGUCACCACCGUUGAUAUGAGGAGGAAGUUUGAGAACAGGUUCCUGGAGGAUCUUGCCCCUGGGACCCAGCCCCCGUUUCUGCUCUACGACAACGAGGUGAAGACUGACACAAACAAGAUUGAGGAGUUUCUGGAAGAGACCCUCUGUCCUCCCAAGUACCCACGGUUGUCUGCCCGGAAUCCAGAAUCCAACACCGCAGGGAGCAACAUCUUCUCCAAGUUCUCCGCCUACAUCAAGAACCCCAACCCUGCCCAGAACGACACGCUGGAGAAGGGCCUGUUGAGGGCGUUACAGAGCCUCGAUACCUUCCUGUGUACUCCCCUGCCAGAGGAGAUCGAUGAGAAUAGCACCGAGGAACAGAGCGCCUCCUGCAGGAAGUUCCUGGAUGGCAACGAGCUGACCCUUGCCGACUGUAACCUGCUGCCAAAGCUGCACAUCGUCCAGGUGGUGUGUAGGAAGUACCGAGGGUUUGAGCUCCCGCAGCAGCUGGCCGGUGUGUGGAGAUACCUGAAGAAUGCUUACCAAUGUGAAGAAUUUGCCCACACGUGCCCAAAAGACCAGGAGAUUGAACUGGCCUAUUCCACGGUGGCCAAGCCCCUCAAGUGAGGAGGGGUCCAGCAGCCUGGCCUUGGGUUUUUUUUACUGAGGGAGGGUGGGGGUGGACAGGCCAGUGCCAGUAGAUCCGAACCUUUUGUCUCUAACUCCUCAGGAGCUGUGUUCCCUCACCCUGCUGUUCUGUAUCCUCUCUGUGCCCUGCGAUCUGCUCCCCCCUCGCUGGUUUUGCUCAAAUAAAGAGAUGUCUAUUUAUCUUUCCUCAAA